AAAGCAAAAGCUCAGAGGCUCCUCAAAGCGAAAGUGAAAAAAGCCCAACCACAAGCGAGCUAACAACAACCACUCUUUAGCUUUUUCUCCAUUGUUGUUGAGGCAAAGAAAGAAGCUAAGCUGAGCUCUCAUAUCCUUGCUCGCCAUCGCACAUUUGCACAGCGUCACUCAACUCCAGUGAUAUGGAGAUGCGUCUCCACCUCCAUGCGUUGGCGAUCCUUCUGGUCGUCUCGGCGCGGCCUACGUCCGUCGCCGGCGGGCUGUGCCGCGACAGCUGCGGCGACGUCCCGGUGCGCUACCCGCUGGGCAUCGACGACGGCUGCGGCAGCCCGUAUUACCGCAACAUGCUGACCUGCGCCGACAACACCACGCUCCGCCUCCGCACCCCGUCCGGCACGUACCCGGUGUCCGGCGCCGACUACGCGGACCCGCACCUGGUGGUGACGGACCCGUCCAUGUGGACGUGCGCGCGGCCCUUCACCUCCGUCCACGCCGCGCCCUUCAGCCUGGACACCAGCACCCGCUUCUCGCUGUCCCCGAGGAACGACCACCUCUUCUUCAACUGCGACGAGGAGCGCGUCAUCGUGGCGCCGCGGCCGGCCAUCUGCGACCGGUACCCGGACCGGUGCGACUCGGCGUGCGACAGCGCCGGGUACCUGUGCCGGAACCUGCCGGGCUGCCGCGGCGCGCUGGAGGAAGGGAACAUGAGCUGCUGCGCGUACAGGCCCCGCGCGGCGGAGUCGCUGAGGGCCAUGCUGCGGCACUGCGAGGCCUACACCACCGUGUACUGGCGCGCGGUGGGCGACAAGUUCCCGCCCUACGACCAGGUGCCGGACUACGGGGUCCGGGUGGACUUCGAGAUCCCCGUCACCACGCGGUGCCUGCAGUGCCAGGACCGGCGCCGCGGCGCCAACGGCACCUGCGGCUUCGACCCCGCCACCAGGGACUUCGUCUGCAUCUGCGACGGCGGCCGGAACUCCACCACGGACUGUGCAGAUGGCCGCGUGACAGGGCAUGGAGCAUCAGCCGGAGUGGUAGCUGCAACCGUCGUGUUCUCAAUUUCGGCAGCUAUCGGCAUCGGGGGGCUCGUGAUGUACAUACGCAAGUUGAGAUCGAGCAAAGUGGUCACCUGCGGCGUCCAGAGUAACGAAAAUAGAUUCUUCUGAGCCGACCUCAAAGAAUUCCCAUGAACAGUCUUCCGCAUGUGCAAAGAAGAAAGGAGGGUAUGGACCCACGUCAGAUGGAGAGGGUUCCGGUGUAUACAACACGAAGCCUUGAGAUAUUUUUUUCUUGUAGUUUUGGGCGAUAUGUAUGAUGCAUAUGAUGGGCAUGCAGACCGUACUACAUUCAAAGAUAACGAGGGCGGCAUACUCAGGUGAACAAAAGAUAUGUGCGAGUGCAUUGCCGCCGAAUUUACAUGUUGUGGUAGCUUGUAACCAGCGAGGCGUCUGUGGUGACUUUGCUAAUUAAUUUUUUAGCACAACAACUUCA